UGAAUGAGAACUUUGAGGGAGUGCAACCGAAGCAUUCUUCGGAUGAAGCUUUGCAGAAAUGGAGGAUGGUUUGCGGAUUUGUCAAGAACCCCAAGCGCAGGUUCCGUUUCACCGCCAAUCUCUCCAAGCGUCACGAGGCCGCUGUUAUGCGCCAAACCAAUCAGGUUUUCUUUUUAUAUACAAUUCAAUUCUUCACAGAUUGAUUUCAAUCUAUAUAUCAUGUUAUUAUGUUUCCAAACCAACCAAGUUAUGCAGUAUCUACUUUCAAAAUUUACAAAGUGAUAUCAAAUAGCACUAAACAAAUGGUGUUUUUAGUAUUUUGUACAUAAAUGGUUAAAACUCUAUUUUACUCAAUGUUAUUGAUAUCAUACCGGAUCGGUUGGUACAGUUGGAACCUAUUAGUUUUUAUAUUAAACCAAAAUGAUAUAUGGUUUAAUUUUGUUUUGAUUAAAUUUCAUUGGUUUUGAUCAAAUUUCAGUGUACUUGGUUGUAAUUUUUCUUAAUGCCAUGGACAUUACAGGAGAAACUACGGGUUGCAGUUCUGGUUUCAAAAGCUGCAUUUCAAUUCAUCCAAGGUGUGCAGCCUAGCGACUAUACUGUCCCAGAUGAAGUCAUAGCUGCUGGUUUUCAGAUUUGUGCUGACGAGCUAGGAUCCAUUGUGGAAUGCCAUGAUGUGAAAAAACUAAAAUUUCAUGGUGGAGUAGCUGGAAUUGCGGAAAAACUCUGCACAUCAACCACUGAUGGACUCACUACUAAUAGUGAUCAACUGAGCAGGAGACAAGAGAUAUUUGGAAUUAAUAAAUUUGCCGAGACAGAAGCUCGGGGUUUCUGGAUAUUUGUUUGGGAAGCUCUUCAUGACAUGACUCUGAUGAUCCUUGGAGUGUGUGCUUUUGUGUCAUUGAUAGUUGGCAUCACAAUGGAAGGAUGGCCAAAGGGAGCUCACGAUGGCCUUGGCAUUGUUGCUAGCAUACUACUAGUUGUGUUUGUCACAGCAUCAAGUGAUUAUCGCCAAUCUUUGCAGUUCAGGGAUCUUGACAAGGAGAAGAAGAAGAUCACCAUUCAGGUCACAAGAGAUGGGUUUAGGCAGAAAAUGUCGAUAUAUGAUUUAGUUCCUGGUGAUAUUGUACAUCUUGCUAUUGGAGACCAAGUCCCUGCAGAUGGGCUUUUUGUCUCAGGGUUUUCUGUGUUAAUUGAUGAAUCAAGUUUGACAGGGGAGAGUGAGCCAGUAAUGGUGAGUGCUGAAAAUCCUUAUAUGCUUUCAGGUACUAAGUUACAAGAUGGAUCAUGCAAGAUGUUGGUCACCACUGUUGGAAUGAGAACCCAAUGGGGUAAGUUGAUAGCAACUCUAAGUGAAGGUGGAGAUGAUGAAACCCCAUUGCAGGUAAAAUUGAAUGGAGUUGCGACCAUUAUUGGCAGGUUAGGCCUUUUCUUUUCCAUAAUAACGUUUGCUGUGUUGGUACAAGGACUUCUUACCCAAAAACUGCAACAAGGUACCUUUUGGACUUGGUCUGGAGAAGAGGCAUUGGAAAUGUUAGAAUUCUUUGCUGUUGCUGUUACCAUUGUUGUUGUUGCAGUCCCAGAAGGUCUGCCAUUGGCUGUGACAUUGAGCCUUGCCUUUGCCAUGAAGAAGAUGAUGAAUGAUAAAGCACUAGUUCGACACCUAGCUGCGUGUGAGACUAUGGGGUCAGCAACAAGUAUAUGCAGUGACAAAACUGGGACGCUAACCACUAACCGGAUGACUGUUGUAAAGUCAUGCAUUUGCAUGAAUAUAAAGGAAGUCAGCAAAGAAAAUAAGAACAACUUCUGCUCACAAAUCCCGGAAUCUGCACUGAAACUUCUGCUACAAUCAAUUUUCCUUAAUACUGGGGGUGAAAUUGUUGUUAAAAAAGAUGGCAAACUUGAGAUAUUGGGAACACCAACGGAGACUGCUUUAUUAGGGUUUGGCUUGUCUCUGGGCGGAAAUUUUCAAGCGGAGCGACAAGCAUCAAAGCUUGUCAAAGUUGAGCCGUUCAACUCUACAAAAAAACGGAUGGGGGUAGUGCUGGAGCAACCUGAAGGAGGGUUAAGAGCUCACACUAAGGGGGCUUCUGAAAUAGUUUUGGAAGGCUGUGACAAGGUGAUCAAUUCAAGUGGUGAAGUUGUUCCCCUUGAUGAAACAUCCAUUAACCAUCUGAAAGUUACCAUCAAUCAGUUUGCUAGUGAGGCUCUUCGAACUCUGUGUCUAGCCUAUAUGGAACUUGAAAAUGGCUUCUCUACCAGCAGUCCUAUCCCAACUUCUGGUUAUACUUGUAUAGGAAUUGUGGGAAUUAAAGAUCCUGUUCGGCCUGGUGUCAAGGAGUCUGUUGCAAUUUGUCGUUCAGCUGGAAUCACCGUACUCAUGGUUACAGGCGACAACAUUAACACUGCAAAGGCUAUAGCUAGGGAGUGUGGAAUCCUUACUGAUGAUGGUAUAGCUAUUGAAGGUCCAGAUUUCCGUGAGAAGAGUCAGGAGGAAAUGCUUGAGUUAAUCCCUAAGAUUCAGGUCAUGGCACGAUCAUCACCUAUGGACAAGCAUAUGCUGGUAAAGCAAUUGCGAACUACAUUUGAUGGAGUUGUUGCUGUGACUGGUGAUGGUACAAAUGAUGCCCCAGCUCUUCAUGAGGCCGAUAUUGGACUUGCAAUGGGCAUAGCUGGAACUGAGGUUGCUAAAGAGAGUGCUGAUGUCUUAAUUCUUGAUGAUAAUUUCUCAACAAUUGCUACAGUGGCCAAAUGGGGACGUUCAGUCUACAUAAAUAUUCAAAAAUUUGUACAGUUUCAGUUAACAGUCAAUGUGGUCGCACUGAUUGUUAACUUCUCUUCAGCUUGUUUGACUGGGAAUGCCCCACUUACAGCUGUUCAGCUAUUGUGGGUCAAUAUGAUCAUGGAUACUCUGGGAGCACUUGCACUUGCCACUGAGCCUCCAACUGAUGAACUAAUGAAGCGUGCCCCAGUUGUAAAGAAAGGGAAUUUCAUCAGUAAAGUAAUGUGGAGGAAUAUCUUAGGGCAAUCUUUUUAUCAGCUUGUGGUAAUAUGGUAUCUUCAGGCAAGAGGGACAGCUAUAUUUGAUCUUGAUGGCCCAGACGCUGAUCUGAUAUUGAACACACUUAUUUUCAACUCAUUUGUCUUCUGUCAGAUUUUCAAUGAGGUCAGCUCACGUGAAAUGGAGAAGAUAAACGUUUUCAAGGGCAUUCUGAACAACUAUGUUUUUGUGUCUGUUCUUGGAUGCACAGUUCUAUUCCAAAUCCUAAUUGUCGAAUUCCUUGGUACAUUUGCCAAUACAUCACCUCUCACUUUACGACAGUGGUGUUUUAGUGUGCUCGUAGGAUUCAUAGGCAUGCCAAUUGCUGCUAUCUUAAAGAUGAUCCCGGUGUGAACCAUACAGCCAGAGUUCUUCUCUGGUCUUUCAACCAUUCAUAAAAAUUUGGAACCUUAGUACAGCUAAGUCCUUUGAAUGUAUAUUUGGGUUCUCUUGUACAAAUUAAUAACUUGGGGACAAAGGCUGGGUCCUCAAGAUCAGCUAUAGACAUUAUCAAUGGACAAUGAUACAUAGGACAAAUAAAAGGGACGAAUUUUU